AGUUAACCCGGGCUUCAUGAGGUCUGCUCUUGGUUUUGUCCCCAGUUGGGCUCUUUUGUAUCCCGUGGUUUAUUUAUGAGUUUAUAUUCGGUGCCAGGCAAACUUCUGGUGACCCGGUUGAGUCCCCGCCCGGCCCCCGCCCGGCCGGUGGAGCGCUCGGUUUGCUGCGCGCCGCUCCGUUGGACCACGUGGUGCGAGCAGACUGCAGCUUCUUUUGUUCAAAUCAAUCAAACCGGAGACAGAGGAGCUGAUCAGGAAAUCACCGGCACGGUUCUGGAUGAGAUCACUCACACCGUGAUUCUACCGAACCACACGGGCUGCGCGCGCUGAAGUUAGACGGUGUCCGGUGGCUAAAACGCGCUUCAGAUUUAAAAUGCCCCGCAAGAAGGUGACGGACGUGUCGGGGAACGGCGGCGUGAAGAAGAAGAGGGCGAGCGGCAAGAGGAAAGAGAGAGACUUCAGCAGCGACGACGAGUUUGACUACGAGCAGGAGAACAACAAGAAGCCCGGCAAGCCGGCCACCAAGUCGGGCCUGCAGCCCGUCAGCGUGGCCGACGACGUGAAGGAGAAGAUCAACCUAGAGUGCUCAAAGGUCAAAGGUCAACUGCUGAUCUUUGGGGCAACCAACUGGGAUCUGAUUGGAAGAAAGGAGGUGCCCAAACAACAAGCGGCGUUCCGUAACCUGGGCCAGAACCUGUGGGGUCCUCAUCGCUAUGGCUGCCUGAGCGCCGUGCAGGUGAGCUGCGUGGUGGCUGGGCCGUGCGCCGCCCACAGCCUCCUCAUGACCGCCGAGGGCAAGCUGUGGAGCUGGGGUCGGAACGAUAAAGGUCAGCUGGGUCACGGAGACACCAAGAGGCUGGAGGCCCCGAAGCUCAUCGAGGCUCUGGCGGAGCACGCCGUCGUGGCCGCCGCCUGCGGCCGCAACCACACCCUGGCACUCACAGACGACGGCACUGCGUUUUCUUUCGGUGAGAACAAGCUGGGUCAGCUGGGUCAAGGCAACCAGACCGACGCCGUCCUCAGCCCGGCUCCGAUCUCCUACAACGGCCAGCCGCUGGUGAAGGUGGCCUGUGGAGCCGAGUUCAGCAUGGUGGUGGACUGCAAGGGGAACCUGUACUCCUUCGGCUGCCCGGAGUAUGGACAGCUGGGUCACAACAGCGACGGCAAGUUCAUCGCCCGCGCUCAGCGCAUCGAGUUCGACUGCGAGCUCAUCGCCCGCCGCGUCGCCAUCUUCAUCGAGAAGUCCAAGGACGGGCAGGUCAUGCCGGUGCCCAACGUGGUGGUCCGGGACGUGGCCUGCGGGUCUAACCACACGCUGGUGCUGGACUCCCAGAAGCGGGUGUUCAGCUGGGGCUUCGGGGGUUACGGCCGGCUGGGCCACACGGAGCAGAAGGACGAGAUGGUGCCUCGCCUCGUGAAGCUGUUCGACUUCCCCGGACGCGGAGCCAGUCAGAUCUGCUCAGGAUACCAGUGCUCCUUCGCCAUCAGUGAGAUGGGCGGUCUGUUCUUCUGGGGCGUGACCAACACCUCCAGAGAGUCCACCAUGUACCCCAAAGUGGUGCAGGACCUGUGCGGCUGGAAGGUCCGUAGUCUGUCAUGUGGGAAGAGCAGCAUCAUCGUGGCGGCUGACGAGAGCACCAUCAGCUGGGGGCCCUCGCCCACGUUUGGAGAGCUGGGUUACGGAGACAACAAACCCAAAUCCUCCACCACCGCCCAGGAGGUCAAGACCUUGGACGGCGUCUACGUGGAGCAGGUGGUGAUGGGCUACUGCCACUCGCUGGUGAUCGCCAGGCAGGAGACGGAGCAGGAGCAAGAGAGACUGAAGAAGCUGCCCGAGUACAACCCCCGUACCAUCUGACCUCGGCGAGACCGGCUCAUCGGGAACACCUGGUCCGCCCGCUGGGGCCAGAGGGCGAGUUCAGGGGAGGCGCCACACAUCUCAGCCACCAGCCAACAAUUUGGACUAAUCGCAGCCGAGCCGUUGUGGGGUCCAGGUACCUCCACCUGAGUGAACCUGCAACUGUUUGCUCCAGCACUUCAGCCCUCUAGAGGCGUGCUUCCCAUUUUCUACUCAGCCAAACAUCCAUGUUCUGUUGUUCUUUGUUGCAGUCGGUAAAACUACGUCACAUUUACGGGUGCUACGACGGACCCUCGGUCUUUUCCUACUGAGGGCUUUUCAGAGACCAAUGCUCCAUAUCUGUGCCUUUUUCUACGUGUGUCCAGGAUGUGGAGGUGUGUGUUCAGAGGGUCGAAGGCCCUCCAGAAGCUCAGCCCAUCCUCCGAGGGGUCAGCCGACCUCCUGGAGGACCGGCCGCUCCUCGUUACAAUCAGGAUCUGAAUGUGAGAUUCACUCGACGGUUACAUUCCUUCUCUUCUCCAGGCGGAGUCGGCUCGCCACUAUUCCAGCGCUCAAAGCGGUUCCUCUGAACCUCUAGAACCGGUAGAUGCACUCGCUCCAUAUCUCUCCGGUGCUGGAGCUGAAGGCACGUUCUUGUUUUAAAAACAGCACGGGUGUUUCCUCCCCCCUGUUCUGCCUUCUUUUUUAUGGUGAAACUUCUCUGGGUUACUUUGUUUAGUUUUGUUCAUUGAAAUGGUCAAAUAAAGAUUCAUGUGAGUUUA